UCCCGGUCUCGUUCGCUGACGGUGGCCGCUUAGGAUCUUUCUCCGCCGUGAUGGCCGGUCGGGGGAAGCUAAUUGCCGUGCUGGGCGACGAAGACACCGUGACGGGGUUCUUGCUGGGCGGGGUCGGGGAGCUGGACAAGCACCGGCGGCCCAACUUCUUGGUGGUGGAGAAGGAGACGAGCCUGGCGGAGAUCGAGGAGGCUUUCCGGGGUUUCUUGAGCCGUGAGGACAUCGGCAUCAUCCUCAUCAACCAGUUCAUUGCGGAGAUGAUCCGACACGCCAUCGAUGCGCACAACAAGUCCAUCCCCGCCGUGCUCGAGAUCCCCUCCAAGGAGCACCCCUACGACGCCUCCAAGGACUCCAUCCUCCGCCGGGCCAAGGGCAUGUUCACUGCCGAGGACUUGCGAUAGACGGCGGGGAGGCGGCGCGGCUUCCUCCACCCUGUCCUGUCAAGACUUCCUGUCUCCCCUCCCCGUCACACGCUGCUUUGAUGGCUGGCUCUCAUUGUUACUCUUCUGACUGUGUUCCGUGAACAGGGGGCUCGGCCACCCUGGACUUCUGCCACCCCUAGAAUUCAUUUGUUGUUCUUAUACAUUCCUGCCGUUUGGCAUCCUUAGUUCUGCCUCUGUUGCGUUUUCCAGGGGCUUUUUCCCGUUGCUGAGGUUGGGAAGAGCUGGCUGUUCCCUGUGGUCUGCCACGACCUUGAGCCCCUCUCGUAGCAGAUGUUUAGGUUUCUAAGGAAGUGACCCCUUACGGCCGAUCAACUCUGUAUCCCUUCGUGCUGAAGUCCUGCUCCCUUGUGCUUGGUACGGUACUGUGUGGCAAAGGUUUUCAUGAUAAAUCAGACCGACUGACGCAGCUUGGA